CUUAAAUGUCUGGAAGAAUAUAAUUUUAACAAAAUUAAUUUCUUUCGCCUCUUCAAUGUUUUGAAUAAUUUUUUUUUCCUCUUCCAUUUUCUCCUCUGAUCUCCCUCUCUUCUCUGCAUCCCUCUCCCUCUCUUCUGAUCGAGUUUUACUGAUUCGAUUUUCACUUGUUGAUCUGAUAUGAUUUGAUCUGAGAUGCUGAAGGGAUGUCAAAAACUUGCAUGCCUUAGCACUUUCAAUCUUCAGCUUUUGCUCUGCCGCGCAACAAUGGCGGUUUUCGGUGGCGCUGUUUUUUGCUCUGCCGCACUUUCAAUCUUCAACACGAAUUCCGUUCAAUCAUCCGUCCUCUCCGAUUCUCUUCUGUGGGAUACCUCCGACGACGCCGGGCCUGCUCGGAUUUCUAGUGAUUGGAAGACGGCGAAGGCUUAUUGUAAGAGUGGAGACACAUGUGAAGGUGAAGUCGAAGGCUUCAAUGGCGGAGGCUUACUUUUAAGCCCUUCACGUUCUUGUAAAGAGCCUCAGAAAAGCAUUCAUGAGAUAGCCAAGAUUUUGGUCGGUUCAACACUUUCUCCAAAGUAUUCACAAAAUGUUAAUGUCGGUGAUGUAUUCACCGGAAGAGUAGAUUCUGUUGAGGACUAUGGUGCCUUUAUCCACUUGCGCUUCGAUGAUGGACUAGUGCAUGUCUCUGAAGUCUCUUGGGAUUAUGUUCAAGAUGUUAGAGAUGUUCUACGUGAUGGUGCUGAGGUUCGGGUGAUAAUAACAAAUGUUGACAAAGAGAAAUCAAGGAUUACACUAUCAAUCAAACAACUGGAAGAUGAUCCUCUUCUAGAAACAUUGGACAAAGUGAUUUUGAAGGACAGCUCUACUGGAUCUCCUUCGCCGAGCUCCAACAAUAGUGAUGCAAUUGAACCUCUUCCAGGUCUUGAAACAAUACUUGAAGAGCUAUUACAGGAAGAAGCGAUAGAAGCAGUGAGAAUCAAUCGGCAAGGAUUUGAGAAGAGUGAUGUUAAGAUGGGCUUUAAAAUGCUCACGGGCCAAACCGCAGGAUUUCUGUUUUUAAACAUGUCACGUGAAUUUUGUCCGGAGCGACCUUUGUUCGGCGGCGCAAUUUCCAGCGCCUUCCCUCAAAGAUUCGAGGAUGCGAGUAACAUCAGACAAGUUCCAGAUCAUCAGGAAGUGUUUGUGGAUCCUUCAAGGGAUGAGAGUUUGAUAUUUGAGCUUUUGGAUUUCAAGACUGAGGUUGGUGACAAUGGCAGUGCUUCUUGGUUCCUUCAUGAUCUCGCUCGUGAGCAAGAGGCCGAAGGUUUCAAGUUGAUCGAGCAAUCAGAGAUCAUUGAGGCUCCUGGACUUUCUUUUAGAAACAUCCCUGCCGUUGCGACAACUGCUAUUGGAGAGAUGGCUAUAUCCAAAGGAAGACAGGGAAGAGAAGCACAGAACCUACUGAGGGUCUAUGUGGCAAAUCUUCGUCUUAAGGGAGUUGAAACAGAUGUCUUAGUGGCUGCAUAUGAACCUAUUCUCAUCAACCCUUUGAGCGAAAGUGCGAAUGCUGUAGGAUCUGGUUUAGCUGUACCAGCUUCACAAUCUGGAAUUAUGCCAAUGUGUGAUGUCAUUAAGCAAUCGCUCUCUACCUUCAGAGUCAAUGACUGGAGUCUUUUCGGUUCCUCUGCUUGAGUCUAUGCUUCAUCAGCAAAAAAAAAACGGGAACGAUGCAAAUCUGCCUAUUGGUGUAAUCUUGGUUUCGGUUUUUAAUUUUGGGAGUUCGGUUCUUUUUGGUUUAAAUAGCUUCUCAUGUGGUUUGACGUUUAUUCCAAUUUGGGUUAGUCGACUGAGAUGGAAUCUUAGAGCUUCUUCUGUUUAAGCAUAUUGUUUUUGUUGUUGCUCUUUAGCUUUUUGGUUAAUGAAAAAAAGAGUUUAUUCUCAAAUCCCUUGUUCUUCAUUUUUUUUGGUAUUUACAGCAUCUAACAAUCAUAUAUUCA